AUGGAUAUAACGAAUAAUGUCAACAGUGCAGGCAGCAAAAAAGUGAAAAAUAAUUUUAGCAUAGAACAUUUAUUGGCAAAACCGGAAAAGCAGAAAUUUGAAGAAGCUCAAUGUGAUAGUGAAACGAACGUUGGUGCUCUGCAAACGGAAUAUCACUCUAAACAAGAUCAAUACGAAAAAUCAAACAGUGAAUAUCUAACGGGAAAUGCCACUUCACCAGAUUCUAGCUGUAAUGAUGAACUUAUGGAUAACUGCAGCGAGUCAGCAUCGGAAGAAAGUGCCAGCGGUACAAGCGAUGAUCGGAAGAAGCGACCAAGAACAGCUUUCUCUGCUGCUCAAAUAAAAGCCCUGGAAACAGAAUUUGAACGUGGAAAAUAUUUAUCUGUUGCUAAAAGAACCGCUUUAGCGAAAUCACUCCACCUUACUGAAACGCAGAUCAAGAUUUGGUUUCAAAAUCGUCGAACCAAAUGGAAACGCAAAUACACCGCUGAUGUUGAGCAACUGGCAUCGCACUACUACUCGCAACUAGGAAUCGGAAACUAUGCCCGACCGAUGGUAGUUGGGGACCGAUUAUGGCUCUUUAGUCAGAGUCCAAAUGGUCCCACUCCAGUGCAAUCACUGCUCUUAAAUACACCCCCUUCGAUAGGCCCAACUCAUCCAGCGAUGCGACAGUUUCAACCAAUUCCCUCUAAUCAACCUGGAGUUCCAUCGUUUGCCAGUCGUUCAAGCAAUGGGUACACCGUAAACUAUUUUCAAAAAUCCGGAGUACCUACUCAACCAACUAGCUUUCUUAACCGAAUACCUGGUUCGUUCAAACCGAUAACUAUGGAAGAGGAUCCCAGGUUCUAUAAAACUGCAACGGAAACUAUCGACGGUUACUAUGGAGCAUUCAAAUUUGGUCCUUCCGAAUUGGUUAACGAAGAGCUUUCUUCAACAAGUGGUUCCGGUAUAGCAGACUUAGAAAGAGCUUUCGGAAAUCCUAGUAGUCUGCUAGGUGGUCAAAGCUCACGAAUAAGUGAAACUCAGCAAAGGGAAAUCCUGAAUGGCACCAUGCAUUCUGACGAACACAACAGACUGAAAGAUAUUUCGAUGGAUUCAUCCAGUGAGAUAGAUUGUGAGGAAGUUGAUGAUAAAGAUUGA